AUGAGCAGUGGAUCGCCUUUUCUCAAGCCAUUCUUUUUGAAGACUCCCGUCAGUGUGAUCAGUCCACUACGACAGAGACGACACACACUACCGGCCAGCGAGUUCAGGAAUCUCACGCCUCAGGACGCCAUCAGUGUGUUUGAGAUUGAGAGAGAAGCAUUUGUGUCUGUCUCUGGAGAGUGUCCACUCACUCUGAAUGAAGUGCUCAGUUUCCUGGAGCAGUGUCCUGAGCUCUCCUUGGGAUGGUUUGAAGAGGGGCAACUAGUGGCUUUCAUCAUCGGCUCUGGCUGGGACAAAGAAAGACUCUCACAAGAGGCCAUGACCCAGCACGUCCCGGACACAGCCACAGUCCACAUCCACAUCCUCUCCGUCCAUCGUCACUGUCGGCAGCAGGGAAAAGGCUCCGUGCUGCUGUGGCGCUACCUCCAGUACCUGCGCUGUGUUCCAGGCAUCCGCAGAGCGCUGCUGAUCUGUGAGGACUUCCUGGUUCCCUUCUACCUCAAAGCCGGCUUCAAGGAGAAAGGGGCCUCCGCCAUCUCUGUGUCCAACAUGCACUUCCAGGAGAUGGAGUACUCGCUGGGCGGACAGGCGUACACGCGGAGAAACAGUGGCUGCUAG